AAAUCGGGAUAAAAAUGGCGGACGACAGUAAACAAGUCGAAAGUUCCAAAGUAAUAGUUCCUGACUAUGCUACUGAUGAGAAGAAGAAAGAUGGAUUUGUCAGAGUGAUUGUUGCUGUAAAGAACCUCAAAACUACACGUCAGAUGAAAGGUCUCAAGUUUGUAAAAAAGGCUGACAAUGCAGAUGUUGCUGUUGACUUUCAGGAAAGGUCAUUUUGUUUGACGGUGACUGGGAAAACGAAAGGAGAAUUGAAAGGAAAGCAGUUCAAACUUCACAUCAAGAAACUCCCAAAAGAGAUAUCAUCUAACACGUCUUACUUUGAGGUGGACACUGACCGAAUCCUGCUGUUUCUAUGUAAAGCUGAUGACAGUUCUUGGUACCCAGAGUUGGAUGAAGGACUUGAAACUGAGGAAGAGGAGGCAGAAUAAAGAGUUAAAUGUGUCCUCUGACCAGAAGAGUCCUUGUGAUGUCAGAAUAGUGUUAUCUUAAAAACUUCUCUGAAGAUACCAUAAUUAGCCUGCAAUAAACCCUGCUUAGUGAAAAGUCUACUCAUGUUUGUUGAAGUUUGGUAAAAAUUCUUGCAAAUUUUAUUUUAUUUUACUACAAUAAGUCUAUCCCAUGGCUUUAAGUUAAUGUGUUUCUUCAAGCUGAGGGUUUAUUACAGGAUAAAUAUGGUGCAAGUCCUCCGCAGCAUUGCAGGGUUCACUCUGAAAAAAAAAAACCUUUCUUUUAAUUUCAAGAGACAUGGUUGUGAAGAUGAGAGACACUUCUGACGAGGGGGUUUAUCUAGAGGAGUAUCGAUCAAAAGAUGAAAUGUACAUGAUUUGUGAAAAAAGGGAGGUGGGGUGCCAUGGGGAAGGUGUUGUAGAUUUUGAAGAGUGUCCUGUUGUUUAUUGAAGGUGAAGAUGAUGUUCACUAUUUUUUACUCUACCGUAAAGGUGGCCUUUUCAGGGGUCUCAAUUUUUAGCAAUUUAGAAUUUGAAACAAAUAUAGAAUAAAAUUACCUUGAAUAUAAAGUUGACACAUCCUGAUUUGUUGAAAUGUUUUAGUAAACAGCAAAAAAUUUAAAAUUGCAAAUCAAUUAUAAUUAUACUCUAUUAUUCCACCAAUUAUGAAAUGUAGUUUACCUGUAAUUCAUUAUGAUCUGAGUAAAAUGUACUUGUGCUAUAGAUGAAGGGGUGUGGGAAGUAGAUUUGGGAAAGGUGUUGUGAAGUUAAUGCAUUUCAUGUUAGAAUGUAAAUUGUGAAAUCUGAAUUAUGUGUCAAAUUUAUUCGUACAUGUAUUAGAAUAUUUUUGUCUUAUUCAAUGAUAUUCUAAAAUUGUUGCAUUUCUCCUGGAAUAAGUCAGGAUUUUCCAUUACAUAAAUGCUACAUAUUCUAUACGAUUUAAGAAAGGUUGGUAAACUAAAAAUAUUUUAGUCCUGUAAAAUGUUGAUCCAACAUUUUGUUUAUUUUGUAGAAAUUAUCAUGAUAUUUCACUCUUUAUAUCCAAUGAGUAAUAUUGUUACCAUUGUUUUUUCACUGCCAUAACCUUUUUAACCUUUUUAUAUGAAUUGGUUCCCUAUAAAAUGAUAUUGUUGAUUUUUUCAUACAGUUUUGUACCAGUUGAUAUUUUUACUUUUCUUUCUCUUUUUAUAGCCAUCUGACCAUCCAUGUUUAGUCCUUUUCAGAGUUUUGUUGCAAAAUUGUGAAUUUGUUUGAUUUCAUGGCUUGACAUUAACACUUUGUUACAGUUAUUGAUAAUCAAUCAUUAUAAUAUUAUUCAUUUAAUUAGCUGUGUAGAUAGUGCAAUAUAUUAAGCUACAGCUAGGUUGUUGUUAUUGUAUAAUAAUAGUAGUUUUAUACAUGUGUAUUGAAUUUUCUUCAACCAACAUUUAUAUACCACAAACAGAUACUACUAGUAUACAUAUUGUUUUCUUCCAAACACUUGCUGUACAUGACUUUCUGCUUUAUACAACAGUCCCUAGAAAAUAUCAACUUUUAACUAAAUUACAAUUAAAUAGUUACGACUUAAGCAAGUCUAAUCUUUGAUAUUGACAUAUUUCCCCAUUGUAACAAGUCUUGCUCAAGCCCAGCAUCUUAAAUGUCAUUUAAUGUUGGAAUAAAGUAGUUAAAUGAUAUAAUCCCAAUAUAAUAAUGCUAUGUUGUAUAAAGAUCUGCAUACAUGUACACAAUUGUUGUUUUUUUUAAAUUUUUUAUAUUUAACACAAUUAUUUACAUGUAUGUGUCACAUGUAAAUUUAUUCACACAUAUAUGUUAUAUACAUUUCUUUACACAUAUGCAAACCAUAAAUUUAUUUAGACAUGUGUAACAUCAAGAUUUAUUUACACAUGUUUUAUAUACAUUCAUUUACCCAUAUGUGUUAAUUAUUAAGCUUUGUGCCUUAACAGCGCUUUACCUAUAUGUGUAAAUUCUUAAGGUUUGUACUUAGUCUAUUUUACAUUCUAUAAUUUCAAAGGUGUGUAACAUCACAGGGUCUUGUAUUUUGCCUAUUUUAGAUUUGUCGGUUUGUCCAUCUUACACAUCGUGUGUGAGUGACAGUUCAAAAUAUUUUGUUACAUUAGGGUAACAUAUGUUAUACAAGACCCAAUGUUAUUAGUACAUGUACUUACGGAUUGUAUUCUCUAGUCUACUAAUAUAACUAUUAAGAUUUCUAUAGUUUCAUCCUGAUAAAAAUACAAAAUAUUUAGUGCAGUAAAUGAACUAAAUAUGCUAUUUUAAAGGGAAACUGUCUUCAUGUUCAUGUACAAAUGUAUCAAAUUAUGUGUUAAAUACAUGUGUGUAAGUUUGAA